GCUAUAUCUCUUAAGUUCAACUAUUUUCAUCUAUGUUCAAUCUAUUGUUCACUGCGGUGUAGACGAACCAUCUUGGAGACCCAGUGACUGAUCAUCCAAAGAUGCCGUGCUCACAACUGUCGGUGUCCGUCACCAGAAUCCAUGGGAUGUCCCCAACCCAUGUACCACAUACUGAUAUUGCACCAUGGUGCAUCAACAGUGGCCGAUUUGAAACAUGUUCCACCUAUAGACAUGAUGCGGCUCCUGCUAGCCUGGCAGCUGGUAGGAUGGAGGAUGGACCGUGUUCAAAUUGUGUUCAAGGCCUGCACCUGUCAGUGGUUUCCAAGAAAAGCGUGCAAACUUACAGCAUGGAAAGAUACUACUGUCUCUCUAGUAUUCUCUAUAUAGUUGUAGUACUAGAAUCUCUAGAUAUAAGCGUGGCAGUGUUUAUCUCUACUCGGCCUUUGCCAAGACUGAGACACUCAACAUAUUUGUGGCGAAGUUGAGCUGAACGACCUGCCAAGACCUCGUCCUCGACUCCCCUCAACUUGCAUGGGGAGAAGUAACAAAACUGCCGUAAACGCCCCUGAAAUCAUAGGUUUCAUGGAGUGAAAACCACCCGGACCUUGGUCUUCGGAUUUCAUCAUACGAAAUCGGGGCCAAUUCACGGAGUGUAAAUGUUCUAGAGCUCCAACUAUAUCCUCAGAAAGUGGUUAGACCCCCCAAGCCUACCCCAACCACCUUCGAAACGGAGGUGGUUGGAGCCCGGGAUUAAGAGAACUACCUGACACCUUCAUCGCCUUCACAGCUCAUCCGCUCCGCGACGCGAGCACCAGGGAAUCGACUCCGAAACUAUUUCGGCUGUGGUCCUCUACACACUGGGGCCAGCAGCGGCAACGUGGACAUUCUCCGGUUGCUCUUGGACGCCAAAUGCCCCAUCAGCCACAAAGACGAUGUGGAGGACACGGUCCUUCAUCGCGCCAUCCAUUCCGGUUCCGAGGAGGCCGUGAGCCUCCUACUUGAGCGUGGUGCAGAACUGGAGGCUGUGCGGGCCAGCGACGAACAGACACCCUUGCAGCUGGCACUGGUGGAAGGGUACACCCGAAUGUGCCGUUUCCUCAUUGAGCGUCGUGCCUCCAUCGACACCAUGCGCGCCGACGGCAUGAAAGCCCUUCACUGCGCCGUCUUGCGAGAGGCAACCUUUGCGCCGCGAGCAGGCGAGGGCUCAGUGAUCGCGCUGGUGGCAGAGAUGCGGGCGGAUCCGCAGGUACGAAGUCGCUCGGGUCUUACGGCCUUGGCCUUGGUCCUGAACCCUGGUCUUCAGGCGCCCCGCCGAAUGGUGGCCCUGCGCACGGUGAUCGACAUCAAGGCCGACCUGGAUGCUGCCACGAAUCCCGACGGCAGCCGCCCCUUACACACCACGGUGAAUCACAACAUGCAAGGCGAAGCGGCCGUUCUCUUGGAACGCCGGGCUGAUCCCAACGUGUCCCGUCAAGAUGCUUGCACGCCCUUGCAUUUGGCCGUCUUUAAAGGCUCCCUCCCCAUGGUGGAGCUGCUUUUGCGUGCUCGUGCUGAUCCCAGCCUGCCGACGCGGAACAACCUCUCCGCGCUCGAGCUGGCGAGGCAACAUGGAUUUGAUGCAAUACUGCGCCGAUUGCAGCAGUGAGAUCUCACGUGACCGCCGAGUGGUUUCUGGAAUGCGGUCGACCGACCGGAAAGAGGUUCUCCACUGUGCCAUUGGCCACUGGCAACCCUCUCGCCACUGACGCAAAGCAUGGGC